AUGAAGAGCGUGUGGGCAUAUUUUUCUGCAUUUUUACUUGGCAGUGUGCCAAUUGCGCAGGCAUACACCACUGACCAUCCAGCAUGGCAGGGCAAAGGUUCACGACUGAACAAAUGGCGAUCCACUCACGUAGCCGAUGACAAUGAGCAUGCGCUAUCAUCCAUUAUGGCCUCUUCCCAUACAGGCAACGCCACAUUUAGACAGUACAUCGAUCACAACAACAAGGAUCUUGGUACCUUCGAGCAGUUCUACUUUUACUCGACUGAAUUCUAUGGCGGUCCUGGCUCUCCAGUCAUCUUGUUCACUCCAGGCGAGACUAACGCUAGCGCUUAUACGAGCUACUUGACUCUCAACCGGACCACUGGUGUCCUUGCUCAGGAGAUCGGUGCUGCAAUAGUUUGCAUUGAACACAGAUACUGGGGCUACAGCUCGCCAUAUGCUGAUCUGACGACUGAGAACCUGCAAUACCUGACCCUCGACAAUUCGAUCGUGAGUGCUUGUCCUGACCAUACUGUGCCCACCACAUUUCACGUUACUGACGAUCUCGACAGANGCGACCUGACAAACUUCGCCAAACAUGUGCGACUUCCCUUCGAUUACCACAGAAAGUCAGCACCGAACCGUGCCCCCUGGGUAAUGAUGGGUGGAUCAUAUUCAGGAGCACUGGCCGCCUGGACUGCUUCAACCCAGCCAGGCACUUACUGGACAUACUGGGCUUCUAGUGCGCCCGUUCAAUCGAUUCUCGACUACUGGCAAUACUUUGUGCCUAUCCAGCAAGNNGGAAUGCCCAAGAACUGCUCGUCUGAUGUGUCCCUCGUAAUCGACCACAUUGACUCCGUUCUGCUCAAUGGUACAGCUUCAGAAAUUCACUCGCUCAAACAAUCAUUCGGUCUUGAGGACCUGGAACACAAUGACGACUUUGCCGCCGCACUGCAGAAUGGUCCCUGGCUUUGGCAAGGUAAUCAGUUCUAUACCAACACCGGAUUUUUCGAGUUCUGUGACGCCGUUGAGAACGUCAAACCUAACAGUACCAACACCACUCUACCUGGCGCCGGAGGCGUUGGCUUAGAAAAGGCUCUUGCCGGUUAUGCGGACUGGUUCAACACGACUUACUUGCCAGGCAGUUGUGAGGCCUAUGGCUAUGACGAGUGGCAAGGCGAACGCAACAUCAAGUGCUACGACACCUACGAUACAUCAAGCCCCAUGUACACAGACGUUUCUUUGAGUAAUGCCUUCGACCGGCAAUGGAUAUGGAUGACCUGCAACGAGCCCUUCGGCUACUAUCAGACCGGGAGCCCCGAAGGUCGUCCUUCAAUUGUGUCUCGUCUGAGCAAUGCCGACUACUGGAUUCGUCAAUGCGCUUUGAUGUUCCCUCCAUCCAACUCAUCAGUCGUUGGCCUUGACAGAGGCGCCACAACAGCACAGGUCAAUGCAAAGAACAAGGGCUGGAACAAUUACUCACCUGGCCUCUUGUACGUCAACGGAGACUAUGACCCUUGGCGUGAGGCCAGUGUAUCUUCGGACUUCAGACCUGAAGGCAAGUUGGCAAAUUCUACACGCAACCCAGUCGUAAUUGUACCUGGAGGCUUCCACACCAGCGAUCUGGUGACGCGAAACGGAAAGGUCAAUGCUGGAGCCAAGGCUGCCAUCGAUCAAGCUGUUGGCAUCAUGAAGGAGUGGGUUGGCGAGUUCAGCCACGGCAAGCACUGGUUCGCAGGAUGA